GGGGGCGCGCCAGGCAUGUCAGAGGGACCGCCCGAUUCUCGCCAAUCAAGGAAGGCCAGCUUAGAAGCAGCCGACCAAUGGGAAAGCUCCAGCGAGGGCGCCGCAGCCAAUGGCGAGCCUCCACGAAGGAGUAACGGAAGGUAUAUAAGGGCGGGCGGCGCGGCCUGGGCAUUCAGCGGCGGUUGGGGGCGCGGCGGGUCCGUAGGUGACGGGUGGCGCGGGCGAGCGGUCGGCAUGAGGCACCUCCUGUGGGCGCUGCUGCUGCUGGGCGCGGCGCGGGCGGAGGAAGAGGAGAAGAAGGAGGACGUGGGCACGGUGGUGGGCAUCGAUCUCGGUACCACCUACUCCUGCGUGGGCGUUUUCAAGAAUGGCCGCGUGGAAAUCAUCGCCAAUGACCAGGGGAACCGCAUCACGCCGUCCUACGUGGCGUUCACGCCCGAGGGGGAACGCUUGAUCGGGGAUGCUGCCAAGAACCAGCUUACAUCCAACCCUGAGAACACCGUGUUUGAUGCCAAGCGGCUCAUCGGCCGCACCUGGAACGACCCUUCUGUGCAGCAGGACAUCAAGUACCUGCCGUUCAAGGUUGUUGAAAAGAAAGCCAAGCCCCAUAUUCAAGUUGAUGUUGGAGGUGGACAGACAAAAACAUUUGCUCCUGAAGAAAUUUCUGCUAUGGUCCUGACAAAGAUGAAGGAAACUGCUGAGGCUUACUUGGGGAAGAAAGUUACCCAUGCUGUUGUUACUGUGCCAGCCUACUUCAAUGAUGCUCAGCGUCAGGCUACGAAAGAUGCUGGUACUAUUGCUGGGUUGAAUGUGAUGCGAAUCAUCAAUGAGCCAACGGCUGCUGCCAUUGCUUAUGGAUUGGACAAGAGAGAGGGUGAGAAGAACAUCCUUGUGUUUGACUUGGGUGGUGGAACUUUUGAUGUCUCCCUCCUCACAAUUGACAAUGGAGUCUUCGAAGUUGUGGCUACUAAUGGUGACACUCACCUGGGUGGAGAAGACUUUGACCAACGUGUUAUGGAACACUUUAUCAAACUCUACAAGAAGAAAACUGGAAAAGAUGUCAGGAAGGAUAACAGAGCUGUGCAGAAGUUAAGACGGGAAGUGGAGAAAGCAAAGCGAGCCUUGUCAUCUCAGCACCAGGCUAGAAUUGAAAUAGAAUCCUUCUUUGAAGGAGAGGAUUUCUCAGAGACACUUACUCGAGCCAAGUUUGAGGAGCUGAACAUGGACCUGUUCCGUUCCACUAUGAAACCUGUUCAGAAAGUUCUGGAAGAUUCUGACCUAAAGAAGUCUGACAUUGAUGAGAUUGUUCUUGUUGGUGGCUCUACUCGCAUCCCCAAAAUACAGCAACUAGUUAAAGAGUUCUUCAAUGGGAAAGAGCCAUCUCGUGGCAUUAAUCCAGAUGAGGCUGUAGCCUAUGGUGCGGCUGUCCAGGCUGGUGUUCUCUCUGGGGACCAAGAUACAGGUGACUUGGUACUGCUUGAUGUCUGUCCUCUGACACUUGGCAUUGAGACUGUUGGAGGUGUAAUGACUAAACUGAUCCCAAGAAAUACUGUUGUUCCCACAAAGAAGUCUCAGAUCUUCUCCACAGCUUCUGACAAUCAGCCAACUGUGACAAUCAAGGUCUAUGAAGGUGAGCGUCCCCUCACCAAGGAUAACCAUCUUCUGGGAACAUUUGAUCUCACUGGAAUCCCUCCUGCCCCUCGUGGUGUCCCCCAGAUUGAAGUCACAUUUGAAAUAGAUGUGAACGGAAUCCUCCGUGUCACAGCUGAAGACAAGGGCACUGGGAACAAAAACAAGAUCACGAUUACAAAUGACCAGAACCGGCUGACACCAGAAGAGAUUGAGAGGAUGGUUAAUGAUGCUGAGAAGUUUGCGGAGGAAGACAAGAAGCUUAAGGAACGCAUUGAUGCCCGGAAUGAGCUGGAAAGCUAUGCCUAUUCUCUGAAGAAUCAGAUUGGGGAUAAAGAGAAGCUGGGUGGUAAGCUGUCAUCUGAAGACAAAGAAACAAUAGAGAAAGCAGUUGAGGAAAAGAUUGAGUGGCUCGAAAGCCAUCAAGAUGCAGACAUUGAAGACUUCAAAGCGAAAAAGAAGGAGCUGGAGGAAGUUGUGCAGCCAAUUGUUAGCAAGCUCUAUGGAAGUGCAGGCCCUCCCCCUGGUGAAGAGGAAGCAGCAGAGAAGGAUGAGUUGUAGAUACUGGCAUUGCCAAAUGUUGUGUGUGUAUAUAUUGGACUCAGGAACACUUGUUUAAAAUAUUGAACUCUUAAUUUGGAAUGUAACUUUGAAUCUUCACUCGUGAGUGGAGCUGGAAACGCUAGCCCAAAGUGGCUGUAUACUGCUUUUCGUUAGCAGUUGCUCGAUGUCUGGGGAGGGAAGGGUAGUGGGGGGGAGUGUAAAUGCGAAAUGGGUUUAGAAGUAUUGGCAGUGGAAGCAUCCUAUUUAACAACUUGGUCAUGUGAAUUUGGUGUAGAACUUUUCUACCUGAAGUGACCACAAUAAAUUUGCUAUUUACACUGGA